AUGGAGCCGCAGCGGGGCCCCGCCGGCCCCCGCCCGCGGCGGACGUCUCCCCUCGCCGGGCGGCUGAUCCCGGGCUCGCCCUACUCGGUGGUGGUCUUGCAGGAGGGCUACUCCGCCGAGCUCCCGGACGGCAGCACGCGAGCGGACGGGACGGUGACGCUGGUGCUGGGGCCGCAGCUGACGGUGGUGGACACGGGGGGCCCGUGGGGCCGGGCGCGGCUGCUGGCGGGGCUGGCGGCGCAGGGCGUGUCCGCGGGCGAGGUCCGGCACGUGGUGUGCACCCACGGGCACUCGGACCACGUGGGCAACCUCAACCUCUUCCCCCGGGCGGACCUGAUCGUGGGCACCGACCUCAGCCGCCCUGACGGGCGCUACCUCCCCACCGGACUGCGCCGGGGCCUCCCCCACCCGCUGCACGCCGGGCACGUGGAGGUGCUGCCCACCCCCGGCCACGCGGGGAACGACGACGUCAGCGUGAUGGUGCGGGGCACCAGCCUGGGCCACGUCUUGGUGGCCGGAGACCUUUUCGAGCGCGAGGACGACGAGGGGCAGUGGCAGCCGCUCAGCCAAGACCCCGUGCGGCAGCAGGCCAGCAGGGCCUAUGCACUGGACAUUGCUGAUGUCAUCGUGCCUGGGCACGGGGCACCCUUCCGGGUGUUCAGGGAGGGCACGGGGCAUCCCGGGCAGGAGGGGGGACCUGGAUGA